AUGCAACAGACUCGGUCUGAUCAUUAUAUGAUUCAAGAAAGUCCAUCUCUUAAGUAUAAAUUCAGAGAGGAAGUAAAGGCAAGAGAAGAACCAAAACUCUCAAGUCUUGUUCACAGACCCAUAAAAAGUAGCGAACCAACAAAACAAGAAGAAGCAAGAUCAGUAAAGAGUCAAAGUCAACGACCUAAAAGUUACUUCAGUUCCAAGAAACUCAAUGCAAGCAUCAUAAGCUCAGAGAGAACUCGAAGUUUAAGCUCUCUCACAAUAGCUACAUUUGUUGUUUUACUCCCAAGAUUGAACAUUAUAAGAUCAGACAAUAUCUUAGCUUUGAGACCUCUUUGGUUGCUUAUACUUACGGAUUGUGCUAUAGUUAUGUCUCAUCUCACCAUGGAAACUUCUGAAGGAGGAUUGAGUCAUGAAAUGGAAGAAGAUGAAGGAAAGGUUAAAGAUGGUAAUAAUGGUGCAAAUUGGUCUGAUGCAGAGAAGCUUCUAGAAAGAGGAGUUGUUGUGUAUCAAGCUCUUCGUGGAAUGUUUAUAGAUAGUAGUCUUUACAUGGUUGUUGUUAUUUGUGGAGCCUCUCUUCUUUAA